CGCGGUCUCCCGGCUAGCUCGUGAUAAAGUUUCACGGGUGUGAGAUAGCGCAUGCGCGACGCGUGCAUGCGCACCGCUCGCCGCCACUCGCCGCCGUUUGACUUAUGGGGGUCCCUUUUUGCCGUUGUGCUAAAACGCAUCAUAAUCACACCUUGUGUUUUACGAGGGCGAUGAUGGUCGAGGACGGAAUGACCUGGAUGCGCCCAGGUGUCGUCAAUUUAAACUUUGCGAACAUUUCUGGGGUAAUUGCAGCCUUCGCCACAAUCGCCGAGAUCGUUGAGGAUCACGCCGUCUUCUGCGCUACAGGUUCUGCUCUGGCCCCGGAGCUGCAGGGCAUCAUUGCGACUAACGCACAGCAGAGUCAAGAAUUGAAAGUGGCAUGCCGGAAUCGGCAUUCUGCAGAUCCAGAUAUCACGAGGUCGUUUGGAUGGCUCUUGAGUGAUCACUUCCCGGACAUGUACGACAAUAAGUAGUUGACCGUCACCACGUACGUCUGAGUACUACAUAGCUCAGCGUCCCGAAGCAGGAACUGCAGACCACGGCCUGUUUCAUUGCGAUUGUCGCGGAGGCCCAAACGUACAGGCAUUCGAACUCGCCUGCUUGUAUAUCAGUCACUCGCUAAUAAAUAUUUGAACGAGUAGACUAC